CUUCCCCCUAUUGCACGCAUAGAUCUAGCUCUGAUAUGUUUGCUGCACUCAGGUCCGCCUCAAGGCUCUCUCAGCCCGUUCUCCGCGCUGGGCAGCUUCAAAAGCGAAACCUCUCUAUCCACGAAUUUCAAUCUGCGGAUCUCAUUCGACAAUAUGGCCUCCCCAUUCCCGCCGGCAAGGUGGCCUACAGUGCCGCUGAAGCACAAAAAGUCGCUGAAGAAAUUGGCUCGGAGGACUUGGUGAUUAAAGCUCAAGUGCUUGCAGGUGGACGUGGUAAAGGGCACUUUGACAAUGGUCUGAAGGGCGGUGUGAAGAUUGUCAAUUCACCCCGGGAAGCAGCCAUGUUUGCUGAGCAGAUGAUUGGCGCCAAGCUCAUCACGAAGCAGACGGGUGCUGCUGGUAAGAUUUGCAACUCCGUGUACAUUGUUGAGCGCAAGUACCUUCGCAAGGAGUACUACCUCGCCAUGACCAUGGACCGCAAGACGCAGGGACCGAUGAUUAUUGGCUCGAGCGAAGGUGGUAUGAACAUUGAGGAUGUCGCCAAGGAGAACCCAGAUGCUAUUGUCACGAUGCCCGUGGACAUUAAGGUUGGCUUGACGGACGACAUGGCCAAGGACCUUGCCGUACGCAUGGGCUUCCCUGAGAACUGCCGCGCAGAUGCUGAAAAGACCUUCAAGACGCUCUACAAGAUCUUCAUUGAGAAGGAUGCCACUCAAAUUGAAAUCAACCCGCUCGCAGAAACACAGGAUCAUGAAGUCAUGUGCAUGGAUGCCAAGUUUGGCUUUGACGACAAUGCCGACUUUAGGCAGCAGGAGAUUUUCAACUUGCGUGACAAGACGCAGGAGGAUCCCGAUGAGGUGAUUGCAGCAGAGGUUGGCCUCAACUUCAUCAAGCUCGACGGCUCCAUUGGCUGUCUUGUGAAUGGUGCGGGUCUGGCCAUGGCUACAAUGGAUAUCAUCAAGUUGAACGGCGGUGAGCCUGCCAACUUCCUCGAUGUCGGUGGAUCUGCUAAUGCACAGGCCAUUGCGCAAGCCUUUGGCCUCAUUACAAAGGACCCCAAGGUCACUGCCAUCUUUGUCAACAUCUUUGGUGGAAUCGUGCGUUGCGACCAUAUUGCACAAGGUCUCAUUUCUGUCGUCAAGGACAUGAACCUCUCCAUUCCUAUUGUUGUGCGGCUGCAAGGUACAAAGCAAGAAGAGGCGCAAAAACUUGUGCAAGAGUCAGGCAUGAAGCUCUUCCCAGAGGAUGAACUCGAUGCAGCGGCACAAAAAGUCUGCAACUUGUCCAAGAUUGUCAAGCAGGCGCGUGAAAUCGAUGUCGGUGUCUCUUUUGAGUUGCCUUUGUAGGCUUUCCGUAUAGAGACUUUCUUGUGGGUUUAAACAUGCUUCUUUCUUUGAAGUGCCUAAUGGUUCCAGACUAUCCGGCUCGAGGACUGCGUGAUGGUAUUCAAAUUCUGUACUAAAUUACUAAGGAUUAUCGGCGGGAGCAGGCACCCUGGCUCAUGUACAAAUCAGUCAGACAGAAUGCUUGUAUCUACGGACUCCUCCUGCCUACAACGUAUAGACAAGCGCCCUUACAACU